AUUUUUUUGGCAAUUCGGAGGUCCGCCCCAUGUAUAUAUAUGAAGAGAUAUGUUUAACUUGAGGAUACAAAGAACGACCGAGGAGCAUUUAUUUUUUGUUUACGCCUACGUCAGGUGUCAGAAUGAAAAAUAUAUAAAUAGCGAUUGUCCCCACAUGCAUGCGCAGUGAUUAAAGUUGGGAAAGGGCAUGCGGCUACGGACUGCCAAGGCGGGCGGCGACGGCGGCGGGGGUGGCGAUCGAUAGGGAAGCUGACGUCAGUGAGGGCCCGCGCGCCAUUGGCCCCGCCGGCACUACCGAGCGAACGUCCGUACGGAGUGGCGCGGAGAGCGUCGCGCCGCGGGCACAGCACCGCAGCACGCGGCGGCCGCGCACCGCCGGCCCCGCGGUCCGCGCCAUGGCCGACAUGCCGGACCUCUCGCACCUCACGCCCGAGGAGCGCGCCAUCAUCGAGGGCGUCAUGAUGCGCCAGAGGCAGGAGGAGCAGCGCGAACACGAGAUUAUGAGACGAAAGCAGGAUGAGGUAGCAGUGCUGGAGCAGACAAUACGCACGAGGAAUGAGAUGCAGCGCGCGGCAGGCGUGGAGCUGGCGGCCACCUGCCACAUCUGCCUCAAGACCAAGUUCGCGGAUGGCGUCGGCCACUCCUGUCACUACUGCCGGGUGCGCUGUUGCGCGCGUUGCGGUGGGAAGGUUACCCUGCGCUCUAAUAAGGUUAUUUGGGUGUGUAUAUUAUGUCGUAAAAAACAAGAAUUAUUAUCAAAAACUGGUCAAUGGAUACAUAAGAGUGCUGGCCAAGACUCGAUGAUGUGGCGGAUGGAGUCCGAUCUGCGCGGACUGCCGCCGACGGGCGAGGUCGCGCUCGACAAGCGGCCCAAACUGGAGCGCGCGCACAGCGCCGCCGAGAAGGAAAAUCACCCGCUGCAGAGAUCCGGUAGCGCGCUGCGCCGCCAGUACAGCCAGCAGGAGCCGCGCUGCUACGGCGAGCUGGAGGGACUGGCGCGCACGCACCCACACCUCGUGCACCCGCGGCAGAAGGCCGCGUACGGCGUUGAUGACUCUGCUCCUCUGCCGCCCAGCGCGCUUGCGCCCGCGUCCGCGCACCUCAUGCCGCACCCUUUGACGCACCCCCCGCUGCCGCCUCGCUCUUCUUCCUCCGACGACGAGGUGCCCGAAUGCAUCUCCGACGAAAACGACGAGUACCGCGACCGUGGACAAGUGGAGGCGUGCGCGUCGUUGCGGCACCCGCACCUGCGCAGCACAAGCGUCGCCGCCAACAAUUAUUAUAAUUUGACUAAUCAUUCGUCGGCCUCCUACGCCCCGGAGGCGCAGGGGCUGUUCGAUGGACGUGCGCCUGCCGGGGGCCGCAGCUUCGACUCGGUGACGGAGUGUCGGUGGCGCGCACGCGACGACCUCGAAAACUCGUAUCUGCGCCCCUACGGGCCGGACGAGGGCCCGCGCCCCGACCGCGCCGUUUAUAAGAGUGCCUAUCUGUGGGAGGACUCCUCCGAUAAUAGACGUUUCACUGAGAGGAGAAAAAAGACGGUGCGUUUUGACGGUCACGAGGGCGCGGCGACUUUCCCGCGCGGUGGGCGCGACGCUUCCGGCGCGCCGCAUGACUGGGCCUCCCUGCGCUGGGAAGCCGAGCGACAGACCAGCCAGGACUCCGCCACCAAAGACUCGGGCAUCGAUACCUCUAGCACUUUCACCUCCAGCGAAGAUUCCAAUAGAGGCGAUUGCCCAAAGUUCCCGCUGAACUGGCAAGUAUCAAUGGAUGGGACGCGCAUGAUCGGACACAUGGUACUGCGCAAGAGUGUGGUGGAGGGCAGUUCGCACUCCUCCGCCGCCAUCCUGGGUCUCAAGGUGGUGGGAGGCAAGAUCCUGCCCGACGGCACCCGCGGCGCCGUCGUCGAAAAGGUCAAGAAAGGCUCCAUUGCUGAUAUAGAAGGACAGCUUAAGAUAGGUGACGAGGUACUUCAGUGGAACGGCGUGCCGCUACAGGGGCGCAGCGCAGAAGAGGUGGCUGCCGUGGUGGCCAACAGCAAACAUGACUCGCACGUCGAGUUGGUCGUGACGCGGCCUUUUUCCGCUGCACGUACGCCCUCGCAGCCCUGGAGGACGCAUAAAGAAGUAUACACGGAAGUGAUGGGUGGCUGUGAGAAGCCGAGCGUACUAGUGACGUCACCAGGCUCACCCGACCUCCACUCGCGCCGCCGCUCCGGAAGACACAACUACACCGCCAACGUCGCCGGACGCAUACAGUUGAAAGUGUACUUCGACAUCACGGCGCUCCAGCUGCUGGUGACGGUGGUGUCAGCAAGCGGACUGACGCCGCGGCCGGACGGCUCGCCGCGCUGUCCCUACGCCAAGAUAUUCCUGCUGCCCGACAAGAGCGAGAAGAGCAAACGUCGCACCAAGACCCUCGCAAACACGCUCGAACCGCGCUGGAAUCAGACCUUCGUCUACUGCGGUAUAAGGAUAGCGGAUAUUAAAAAGAGGGCCUUAGAGGUGACCGUUUGGGAUCUCAAUCGAUAUGGUCCCAACGACUUCCUCGGGGAAGUCCUUUUGGACUUGGACAGUGUUCUUAUGAAUCACGAACCUAACUGGUAUUUACUGAAGACUCACGAGGACAUCGGAUUCAGCCGCUAUCGCGAUGAGGACGGCGAGGGCGAGCACCUGUCACCGCCGUCGACGUCAACGUCGCGGUUGUCAGACUCAGACACGCCCAGCGAGUGCGAACUGCGCCGCCAUCACUCGCUCUCCAGCCUUGCCUCCAGCUCCAGCCCACCGCCUCCGCAUGAUAUCGAAGGCACGCGAUGCAGUCGCCGCGACAUGUCACCCGCGGGCAGGGUGCGCACCGCCGGCAUGGCCAAAGAUCGAGGCGGCGGGUACAGCGUGGCGCGGUCCCAGUCGGCGGCGGGCGCACGCAGCAAGUCACCGCGCCGCUCACUGUCGCCGCCUAGCGAACGCGAACGCGAGCGCGACAUCGGCUGGCGCUACACAGUGUGCGAGGAGCGCGGUGAGCGGGCCGGGGAGAGGGGCGACGGCUCGCGUCUGCCCACGCACGCGUACGCACCGCGCUUUCAAUCGCGUUCUGCCACCGCCACGCCCACCACCAGCCCCAAGAAAAGACAACUGCCGCAAAUACCGCAUCAGCCAAGCAACGGUCGGACGGCGCGGGCGCAGGUGUCGGCCGACCUGGAGGAACGUAAGUGGAUCGCCCCGCAUCACAUUGGCGCCACACUCACCUACCGCAGCACGCCGCAAGGGUGGGAGCGGCAUUACGCGGGCCUGUCGGACUCUGAGCUGGCGGCGCGAGGAGGCGGCGGCGGCGGGGGCGCGGGCGGUGGCUGGGCACCGCGCCGCAGACUCUCGCCCGACGCCGCCGCCGGGGACUCGGACCUCGAGUCCGUUGCCUCGGUCACUUCUAGUGCCUUCAGCACACAGUCCGAGCGGCCACGACCCACUCGUAUGCUCAGCCGAAAACGAGCCAUUUCACAUCACAGUAAUUUGAUUUCAUACAAUGCUCCCAUUUCCAGCUUUCAUUAUGAUAGUCAAGAUCCUAAUUGUUUAUAUUCAAGUUAUGCCCUAGACACCACAGACGAGCUUUCGGCGAGUCGGCGUUUUCCCGCGCCACUUGAAACAGAUCUGAUCCCAACACAUUAUGCAUUCCCCACGCUCCGACUUCGACGCAUAUUAUGCCGCAGUCGCUCUGUGGGUCCCAACAAGGAAUAUUCCCAUAGGUUUCCGUUCGAAAGAAGCUCGAGCUGUCCCGAACGUUCAAACCCGCCCCGUCCAUAUAAAACCUCCAAAAAUACAAGAACCCACGAUUAUCUACCAACUGUCGCAAUUCACCAAAAACCAAUCAUGUACGCAGAUGAAAAAUGCGACUUACCGAAAGCACGUGUACGCUUCGAUCAGUCAUUAAAAUUAGAACCUUACGAUAAAACUCAUAAUGAUUAUGGCAGUCGGGUUCCAGAAAAUUACAGGACUUACGACUAUCAGCAUUUGGAGGUGCCUAAAUAUUUAAACCAUAGAAAAAGUCUAGAUUUAAAUUUCAUUAAUAAAGUUCAUGAACCAAGAGUUCAUUUCUCAACUCUAAGUGAUGAUAUGGACGCGUACAAUCUAAAUGCAAAUCUUGCGUUCAGUGUCAACCUGGAUGAAACUCAAUACGAUGAGCCAAUAUCACAAUAUUACGGCUACGAGAGUGACGGUAGCAUAGCCGAAACCACCAUCCAUGUUAACGUAGAAAAGCAAAGUAAAUUCAAUAUUGAUCCUCGCAACAUAAACGAUACUCGAACGAUUGACAUAAAAACACCUGAAUCUCCCUCCACUAUUGACUUUCUUGAUUUGUUACCUUAUAAUAAUAGAAAGAUGUUACUGUCGCUUAAUCUCAGAUCAAAUUAUGAUAACUUUAGAUACAAUAAUUUGUCUGAUGAAUUUCCUUUGCCUCAAAAUAACAAAACACGAACUUCUGUAGCUCCAGGAACUCCAUUGGAAUAUAGAAGAAAUAUAAUUCCUAAGAAAAAUCGUAACCUUCAGCGAAGACAUACUAUUUCUUAUUCAAAUAAUUCUUUGACUUCGGAAGAAAUUAGUGAUGCAUAUGGCAAAAUGUCUGCUCCCUCAUUAUAUAAUAAAUACGACGCAAAAAAAUAUGAAACAAGAGAAUAUGAUAGAGGUAUACUGAAAAGAAAGUAUAACAUAAAUAACAUUACUAAAAUUCCAUUUGUAAAAGAAUUUCCUUUACCAACAUCUCCCAGUUCUCCCUUCUGUACAUAUCCUCCAUCAAUAAGGCCAACAUCAUCAAUUAUCAAAACUGCUCGUUCCCGUUCCUUAGAUUCUGAAGAACAUUUAGAUAGAAAUUUCAGUACGGUAGCUAAUUCAAAGUGUAUUGCUCUUUCCACCUCGAAUGUCGGCUCGCCCCGCCGCGCGCACAUUACCGCCACCGCGCAUUUGCCGCUCGAUGACAUGAACCACGAUCACGACGAUACCAAUGAAAAAAACAACCACCGCUCCUCUCUACGGAACAACCGCUGCGAAAAAUACGAUGAGACCGGGCAAACUGCAAACAAUCAACAUCAAAAUGGAAAAAAUAAUACGAACAACAGUAACGAUUAUGGAGGUCGUGAAAAUGGUCGACAUCAUACACAGCCGCAACCGCUGGAGAGGCGCGAGUCUCGCCGCGGUCAAUUUACCAGAAGUUUGAGCAACACCGACGCUCCCGACGAGAAAGCAGAUGGCAGCUUGAGCGACACAGCAAUAGGAGGCAACAACGAGAUGGAACCGACCAGCGAUGACGCCUUGCUAAAAGCUGAACCCAGAGAUUACUUCGGACCCGGCAUGGGAAAGAAGAGUAACUCAACGUCGCAAUUAUCCGCUACAGGACGAAAAAGAAGGUUAGGUUUUGGUAAACGGGGGAAAAAUUCGUUUACUGUUCAACGAAGCGAGGAGGUGGUGCCCGGGGAGAUGCGAGGCGGGGCGGGGGUGUCGCGAGCCUCCUCCGCCUCCAGCGAGAACGAUGACGGCAGAUGGUCCCCUGGGAUGCGAGGGUCUGGGUCAUCGGACGGAGGUGGGCUGUCGGACUUUAUCGACGGCCUUGGCCCAGGCCAGCUGGUGGGUCGGCAGUUACUCGGCGCGCCAACGCUAGGAGACGUCCAGCUCUCCAUGUGCUACCAGAAAGGAUUCUUAGAGGUUGAGGUGAUCCGCGCACGAGGGUUGCAGGCGCGGCAAGGCAGCCGCACGCUACCGGCGCCCUAUGUCAAGGUGUACCUGGUGAGCGGCAAGAAAUGCAUCGCCAAAGCAAAGACCAGCACCGCGAGACGCACGCUCGACCCACUCUACCAACAGACUCUCACCUUCAGGGAAAACUUUAAAGGAUGCAUUCUACAGGUCACAGUGUGGGGCGACUACGGUCGCAUCGAAGGCAAGAAAGUGUUCAUGGGCGUCGCGCAGAUAAUGCUAGACGACCUCAACCUUUCCAACAUCGUCAUUGGAUGGUACAAACUUUUCGGAACUACUUCUUUGUAACUAUCAGUUGGACGAAGACUCGUUCAAACGUCAUGUAUAUCAAAUACAAUAAAAAUUAAACUUGUCCAUAUUUUAAAUCUAGUGGUACUGCUUUAAUAUCAUAAUAAAAUGCAAAA